GAUCCUGCAUGGCACGGAGCGGCGCCGGCACCGCCGCUCGCUACGAUGAACGAGGAGGCGGCCCAGAAGAGCGACGGCGGCGAGAAGUGCAACGGCGGCAGCCAGCGGAGGAAGAGACCCAAGAAGUCUGACAGCAAUGCAAGCUUUCUCCGAGCUGCCAGAGCUGGCAAUUUGGACAAAGUAGUGGAAUACCUGAAGAGUGGMAUAGACAUUAACACCUGUAAUCAGAAUGGACUCAAUGCUCUGCACCUGGCAGCCAAAGAAGGCCACGUGGGACUGGUACAGGAAUUGUUGGAAAGAGGCUCGGCUGUGGAUUCUGCCACUAAGAAAGGGAACACAGCCCUGCACAUUGCAUCCUUAGCAGGACAAGCUGAAGUUGUCAAAGUUCUGGUGAAGGAAGGAGCCAAUAUUAAUGCACAAUCUCAGAAUGGCUUUACUCCCUUGUACAUGGCAGCUCAAGAGAACCACAUUGAGGUGGUCAAAUAUCUCCUGGAGAAUGGAGCCAACCAAAGCACAGCUACUGAGGACGGUUUCACCCCUCUGGCUGUGGCACUGCAGCAGGGACACAACCAGGCUGUGGCCAUCCUGCUGGAGAACGACACCAAGGGCAAGGUGCGGCUGCCGGCGCUGCACAUCGCCGCCAGGAAGGACGACACCAAAUCGGCGGCGCUGCUGCUGCAGAACGACCACAACGCCGAUGUGCAGUCCAAGAUGAUGGUGAAUAGGACGACUGAGAGUGGCUUCACCCCUUUGCACAUCGCUGCACAUUAUGGAAACGUCAAYGUGGCCACGCUGCUGCUGAACCGCGGAGCUGCCGUCGACUUCACAGCAAGGAAUGGAAUCACCCCACUGCAUGUGGCUUCCAAAAGGGGAAACACAAACAUGGUGAAGCUCUUGUUGGAUCGCGGAGGGCAGAUCGAUGCCAAAACCAGGGAUGGACUCACCCCACUGCACUGUGCUGCAAGAAGUGGCCAUGACCAGGUUGUGGAGCUGCUCCUGGAGAGAGGUGCCCCGCURCUUGCACGGACCAAGAAUGGACUCUCUCCACUCCACAUGGCAGCCCAGGGGGACCAUGUGGAAUGUGUCAAGCACCUGCUGCAGCACAAGGCUCCUGUGGAUGAUGUGACCCUGGACUACCUGACCGCCCUGCACGUGGCCGCUCACUGUGGCCACUACCGUGUCACCAAACUGCUGCUGGACAAGAGAGCCAACCCCAACGCCCGUGCCCUGAAUGGUUUUACUCCACUGCACAUUGCCUGCAAGAAAAAUCGCAUCAAAGUCAUGGAACUCCUGGUGAAAUAUGGGGCUUCAAUCCAGGCUAUAACUGAGUCGGGCCUCACACCAAUACACGUGGCUGCAUUUAUGGGCCACUUGAACAUAGUCCUCCUUCUGCUGCAGAACGGAGCCUCUCCUGAUGUCACUAACAUUCGUGGAGAAACCGCGUUGCACAUGGCGGCACGUGCCGGGCAGGUGGAAGUGGUUCGCUGUCUCUUGAGGAACGGGGCCCUGGUUGAUGCCCGAGCCAGGGAAGAACAGACCCCACUGCACAUCGCCUCUCGCCUGGGCAAGACUGAGAUYGUGCAGCUGCUGCUGCAGCACAUGGCUCACCCUGAUGCUGCCACCACCAAUGGCUACACCCCUCUGCACAUCUCUGCCCGCGAGGGACAGCUCGAUGUCGCCUCUGUGCUCCUCGAGGCGGGCGCCUCCCACUCCAUGUCCACCAAGAAGGGAUUCACACCGUUGCAUGUGGCGGCCAAAUACGGGAGUCUGGAAGUGGCAAAGCUUCUGCUGCAGCGUCGUGCCUGUCCYGAUUCCGCUGGCAAGAACGGCCUCACCCCGCUGCACGUGGCGGCGCACUACGACAACCAGAAGGUGGCGCUGCUGCUGCUGGAGAAGGGCGCGUCGCCUCACGCCACCGCCAAGAAUGGAUACACCCCUCUGCAUAUCGCUGCAAAGAAAAACCAGAUGCAGAUAGCUACCACUCUGUUGAACUAUGGGGCUGAGACCAACAUUUUGACCAAGCAGGGAGUCACCCCACUUCAUUUGGCCUCCCAGGAGGGUCACACUGACAUGGUGACUUUGCUUUUGGAGAAAGGAUCCAACAUCCAUGUGGCAACAAAGGCUGGACUGACAUCCUUACACCUUGCAGCUCAAGAGGAUAAAGUGAAUGUAGCAGAAAUACUCACCAAACACGGUGCAAACCAGGAUGCUCAGACAAAGCUUGGUUAUACACCUUUAAUUGUGGCCUGUCACUAUGGAAACAUCAAAAUGGUGAAUUUUCUCCUCAAGCACGGAGCAAAUGUCAAUGCUAAAACAAAGAAUGGGUACACCCCUCUUCACCAGGCUGCUCAGCAAGGCCACACUCACAUCAUCAACGUUCUGCUGCAGCACGGGGCCAAGCCCAACGCCAUCACCACUAAUGGUAACACAGCCUUAGCCAUCGCCAGGCGCCUGGGAUACAUCUCCGUGGUCGAUACGCUGAAGGUUGUAACGGAGGAGAUCACCACCACCACAACUACUGUAACAGAGAAGCACAAGCUAAAUGUACCUGAGACAAUGACUGAGGUCCUGGAUGUGUCGGAUGAAGAAGGUGAUGACACAAUGACAGGAGAUGGAGGGGAGUACCUUAGGCCAGAAGACCUGCGGGAACUGGGAGAUGACUCUUUGCCCAGCAGCCAGUUCUUAGAUGGAAUGAACUACCUGAGGUACAGCUUGGAAGGAGGACGCUCUGACAGCCUGCGGUCCUUCAGUUCCGACAGGUCCCACACGCUGAGCCACGCCUCCUACCUGCGYGACAGCGCCAUGAUCGACGACACCGUGGUCAUCCCCAGCCAGCAGGUAACAACUCUGGCCAAAGAAGCUGAAAGAAAUUCAUAUCGUUUAAGCUGGGGCCCUGAAAACUUGGACAAUGUYGCCCUUUCUUCCAGCCCUAUUCACUCAGGCUUCCUGGUGAGCUUCAUGGUGGACGCUCGCGGCGGCGCCAUGCGGGGCUGCCGGCACAACGGGCUGCGCAUCAUCAUCCCCCCGCGGAAAUGCACGGCGCCGACGCGCGUCACCUGCCGCCUGGUGAAGCGCCACAGGCUGGCCACCAUGCCGCCCAUGGUGGAGGGAGAGGGGCUGGCCAGCCGCCUCAUCGAAGUGGGACCUUCUGGGGCGCAGUUCCUUGGUAAACUUCAUCUGCCUACGGCUCCUCCCCCACUUAAUGAGGGAGAAAGCUUGGUCAGCCGAAUCCUUCAGCUGGGGCCUCCUGGGACCAAAUUCCUUGGGCCCGUGAUUGUGGAGAUUCCCCAUUUUGCUGCCCUGCGUGGGAAGGAGAGAGAGCUGGUGAUCCUGCGCAGCGAGAACGGGGACAGCUGGAAGGAGCAUUUCUGUGAAUACACCGAGGAUGAACUGAAUGAAAUCCUGAAUGGGAUGGAUGAAGUACUUGACACUCCAGAGGAGCUUGAGAAGAAGAGGAUCUGCCGCAUCAUCACGCGGGAUUUCCCUCAGUACUUCGCAGUGGUGUCCCGGAUCAAACAGGACAGCAACCUCAUCGGGCCCGAGGGAGGGGUGCUGAGCAGCACUGUGGUCCCACAAGUGCAGGCAGUCUUCCCAGAAGGGGCUCUCACCAAGMGAAUUCGUGUUGGCCUCCAGGCUCAACCUAUGCACACUGAACUUACAAAGAAGAUUUUGGGYAACAAGGCUACCUUCAGCCCCAUAGUCACGCUGGAGCCCAGGAGAAGGAAAUUCCAYAAGCCCAUCACGAUGACAAUUCCAGUGCCCAAGGCCUCCGCCGAUGGGCUCAUGAAUGGCUACGGAGGUGACACACCCACUCUGAGGUUACURUGCAGCAUCACAGGAGGAACCACCCCUGCCCAAUGGGAAGACAUCACUGGGACAACACCACUGACAUUUGUUAAUGAAUGUGUUUCCUUCACGACRAAUGUGUCUGCCAGGUUUUGGUUGAUAGACUGUCGACAGACACAAGAAUCUGUUACUUUUGCUUCCCAAGUGUACAGAGAGAUUAUCUGUGUCCCCUACAUGGCCAAAUUYGUGGUGUUUGCCAAAUCUCAUGAUCCCAUUGAAGCACGGUUAAGAUGUUUCUGCAUGACAGAUGACAAGGUGGAUAAAACUCUAGAACAACAAGAAAACUUCGCUGAAGUUGCCAGAAGCAGGGAUGUAGAGGUAUUAGAAGGAAAACCCAUCUACGUUGACUGCUUUGGCAAUUUGGUUCCCCUCACAAAGAGUGGACAGCACCAUAUAUUCAGUUUCUUUGCCUUCAAAGAAAAUAGACUUCCUCUAUUUGUUAAGGUCCGAGAUAGCACKCAAGAGCCCUGUGGACGAUUAUCAUUCAUGAAGGAGCCAAAAUCCACCAGAGGCCUCGUUCAUCAAGCCAUAUGUAAUUUAAACAUCACUUUACCCAUUUACACAAAGGAAUCAGAUUCAGAUCCAGAACCAGAAGAGGUUGAAAUGACUUCAGAAAAAAAUGACGAGACAGAAUCUACAGAAACAUCUGUCCUGAAAAGCCAUCUGGUUAAUGAAGUCCCUGUACUAGCCAGUCCAGACCUGUUGUCUGAAGUUUCUGAGAUGAAACAAGAUCUGAUCAAAAUGACUGCCAUCCUGACAACUGAUCCUUCCGAUAAAUCCAUUAAAGUGAAAGAUCUUGAAAAAUCCGCUGAAGAAGAGCCAGGAGAACCUUUUGAAAUAGUUGAAAGAGUGAAAGAGGACUUAGARAAAGUAAAUGAGAUUCUGAGAGGUGGAUCCUAUACUAGAGAAGAGCAUGUUUUGCAGAAAUCCCUUUCCAAACAAGAACCCUUAGAAGAAGAAUGGAUCAUUGUCAGUGAUGAGGAAAUUGAAGAGGCCAGAAGAAAUGCUCCAUCAGAAGUCRCGGAGCCGAGCCGCGUAGAAGUCAGGGUAGACAAAGGGACAGCAAAAAAAGGGAAGCYGGACACGACAGGAAAGGUGCAUGUAAAAACAGACGUGCAGCCACAGGCCUCACAARGGGAGGUAGCAGAAGAGAAAUCCGGAGCUGUAGUAGUAAGCAAGGAUUCUGAAAAAAAGGGAAAAGACUCUCCAAAAACUGGGAAAGCAAGCUCACARGAGCAACAGAAGUCAGCCUCUGAAGUUAAAAAGCCUCUUAGGGCAAAAUUAAAAGAAAAGCCAAAGCCAAAGGAAAGCAAGGYGCACAGCGGCGGAGAGAAACUGAGGCUGCCUAAGCUCACUGCAGACGAGGCACCGGCUGGGGAGUCUGGCCUAAAGGUGACAGCUGCUCCGGAGGCUAAAGCCGUGUCUCCCGUUAUCGAGGAAACUCCCAUYGGCUCAAUAAAAGAUAAGGUGAAAGCUCUUCAGAAAAAAGUGGAAGAUGAGCAAAAAGUACGGUCAAAACUGCCCGUCCGAGUUCCRGCAAAAGAAGGCCCUGCUGAAAAGGCACCUAAAAAGCCAGUGCAGGUCAAAAAGCCGGCAGCACACAAACCCCAGCCACCUGUSUCACCUUCUUCUAAGACAGAGAGACUCGAGGAGACCAUGUCUGUUCGGGAAUUGAUGAAAGCCUUCCAGUCAGGGCAAGACCCAUCCAAGAACAUUUCUGGACUCUUUGAGCAYAAAUCUGUCAAACAGAAGCCACAGGCCCCUGAGAAGGAAACACCCCGCAAGAAAACAACUCCCUCGCAGAGCGAAACGAGGCGGGUGUCAAACCUCAAGACAGACAAACAGAAGGACAAACCAAGCACGGUGUCAAAAACAGAGAAAGAGCCACUAUCAAAGAAAGGAAAAACACAAACUUCUACUGUUGAAACUGCCAAGAAAGCUGGUGGUAAAGACCAAGUAAAAGAGCAGAGCAGCAAAAAACCAACCGAACCUCUCCCUCCGGUAAUAGUGAGUGAAAGUGCCAAAGAAUCGGGGGCUGGGAAGGACAGGACUUCUGAUGAUCAAGGAGAUCCUGACUUCCAGAUCAGCCCUGACAGGAAAACCUCAACAGACUUUUCUGAUGUCAUUAAAGAAGAGCUUGAGGGUAAUGACAAAUACCAACAGUUCCGACACCUGUCAGUGACAGAGGAGGGAGAGCUUAACUUGGAGCAGGUACUGACCAGUCCAUUYGCUGCUGCUUUUCCCACAGAGUAUGGGAAAGAUGAAUUCCUUCCUGCUCUUUCUCUGCAAAGUGCUGCUCUYGAUGGGAGCUCAGAGAGCCUUAAACACGAAGGCGUGGCUGACUCUCCAGGCAGCCUMCUGGAUGGAACCCCUCAGAUCAGCUCUGAGGAAAGUUACAAACAUGAGGGUCUGGCAGAGACUCCUGAAACGAGCCCAGAAAGCCUUUCAUUCUCACCAAAGAAAACUGAUGGGCAAAUCGAGGAAGCUAAAGGAGCGGCUAAAGUACAUGCAACAGCAGAAACACRUUCUCCGAAGGAACACUCCUCAAAGGAAGAUGAAAAAGGUAUUACUGAGAGACAGCUAGAUGCUGUUGCCGAGACUAGUGAGUCUCGUUCUGACCAUGUAUCAGAAGAGAGUAUACCUCCAGCCUCUGGAGAAGAGGCUGAUAAACUUAAAGAAAGUAGCUCAGCUUCCAUUAUGAAAGAUAUUAGCAGGGAUAAAGAAUCCAGAACCACCGCACAUUUCACUAAGUCUUCUGAAACACAUGACACUGCUUUAGAGAAAGAAAAAGAUGUAGCCUGUGAACGCCGCCUUACAGUUAGAAGUCCCCAGAAAUUGGAACUUGCACUUGCUAGCCAUGAUAGUGAAGGCUUUAGCCCAGUUGCAGAUGACUCUUUGACUAUAAGUCAUAAAGACUCCCUGGAAGCGAGCCCAGUGCUCGAAGAUAACUCAUCACACAAAACACCCGACUCCUUGGAGCCCAGUCCUAUGAAGGAGUCCCCCUGCCGUGAUUCUCUUGAAAGCAGCCCCGUAGAACCAGCAGUGAAGGCUUGUAUUUUGGGGCAGGGUYCUCUUCAGUCUGUUCUUAGCAAAGCAGAAGCCUGCCCAGAGCUGGCAUCGGUGCGCUCCAGGAUUCUCCGUGACCCUGAGGGAAGUGCUGAUGAUGACAGUCUAGAGCAAACAUCCCUCAUGGAGAGUUCAGGGAAAAGCCCUGUUUCACCUGAAACUCCUAGUUCUGAAGAAAUUAGCUAUGAAAUCACACCUAAAAUGGCAGACAUACCAAAGUCAGCCACGAUUCCYGAAGUCAACGAAGAACCGGAGGACAAUUCGGAAAGUGAACCAAAGAAGAGAUUCACCCCCGAAGAAGAGAUGUUUAAAAUGGUSACCAAAAUCAAAAUGUUUGAUGAAUUGGAACAAGAAGCAAAACAGAGGAGAGAUUACAAAAAGAGUCGUAAGCAAGAUGAAUCUUCUGUGGUUGCCAAUUCAGAAGCCUCAUGUGAAGCUCAAGCACCAAGGCCAACAGCUGCAGUAGAAAAAGACAUACCCACAGUGGUGACACCUACAGCUGAAUCUAGAAAAAGUUCUUCCUCUUCUGAAAGUGAGCCAGAAUUGACUCGGCUCAAAAAACAAGCUGACUCAGGCCUCUUAAUGGAGCCUGUGAUCCGAGUGCAGCCACCCUCACCUUUACCAUCCGGUAUUGACUCCAGCUCUAGCCCCGACGAAGCAGGUUUCCAACCCAUCGAUUCCCAGCCGUGCUCUGUCGGGAUAGGUGAGGCUAAAGCAGAAGGCAAAUGUGGCAAAGAGGAGCCGCUUAUCCUUGGACGCAGCUGUGAGGCUUCAACGGGCAGUUGUCAUUCCGAUGGCUGUGCGUCAGCAGGAGGUGCUGAGUCAAAAUGUUGUGAUGGUACAGGUGGCUGUGAGACAGUCAGUCCUGAUGCCCCGGUCACACGAUUUGGGGCUACUUUCUGUCACUCCACCAGUGAUAGUUCUCAAAAAGAGGUUCUCACUGAAUCUUCACAAACAACUGAGCAGUGUGAUGCUGCUGAGAAAGACGCCAAAYCCACGGCACCGUUCCCACACAGGGAUCUCAUUUCCACGGGAGCUGCGUCAGAAAAGGCAGAUGGUCUUUCUUAUGGACACGGUACCAGCGAGUGCUCUGUUCCACGUGACGGCAGACUGGCCCAAGGUGAUACCACUGACCCUUCUGCUUCGGCGAGGGAUUCGGGACGAGCAGAUACAGGUUGUGAAACAUCUCACAAAGCAGGUCACGCUGAGGAGCCGCUAGCGGAGUGUUCAUCCCUAACCACUGACACAGUGGAACUYGACAGCUGUGUAGCAGAUGCCGCCGAUGGUAGCUCUCCGUAUAUAGUGAGCCCUUAUGAAAAUGUGUCUUCUGGACAUUUCUUUAUUGACUCUGAAAGUGAGGUCGGGUCUGGUAGAAGUCUGCUGUCCAGGGAAACCUAUUCUGUUGCAGAAGGGAAAGAUCAGACUGGCGAAGCUUUGCUUAGCAGAGAUAUGGGCAGUGAAUAYUGCUCCUCAGAGGAAAUGUACAUGGAGAUAGAGCCCAAACCAGAGGAUGAAUUUCAGACAGUGUCACAAGGGGCUCUGGCCUCAGAUUCGACAAAAUUAUCUGAAUCUGCCCUUGAGGAUAUGAGAGAUGAAACAGAGAAAUURAUGGGUCAGGUUGUCAUCACCAGAACCGAUGUGGAUUCUGAUAUGUGGAGUGAAAUACGUGAAGAUGAUGAAGCUUUUGAAGCUCGGGUAAAAGAAGAGGAACAAAAAAUAUUUGGAUUGAUGGUAGACAGGCGAUCCCAAGGCACGACCCCUGACACAACACCGGCCAGGACACCCACUGAAGAAGGGACACCGCUCAGUGAACAAAAUCCAUUUCUUUUUCAGGAAGGCAAGUUGUUUGAGAUGACUAGAAGUGGAGCCAUCGACAUGACCAAAAGGAACUACCCAGAUGAAAGUUUUCACUUCUUCCAGGGUGGGCAGGAGCCUCAGGAAGAAGUUUCUUUAUGUGAAGAAGUGAAAGAAGCAGCAGAGGUGGAGCCUUCAAACCUGAAGGGCUCACCAGACCCAUUUGCACCUUCAGAGUUAGAGGAGUCAGAUAUACAAGAACAAGAURCAUUGAAAUAUUCACCCCCAUCACCCGAGUCUGGUGAUAGAUCUGAAGARAUGAUGGGUGAAGGUGCCAGCACAGGCAAUGCAAAAGCAGAUCUUAAAUCCAGAAUUCCAAUUAAAAUGGGUAUUUCAGCUUCUUCAAAAUCACCAAAGAAAGAAACUGCUGCCUCUGAAGCUGAGCCCCUCUCUGGAAUGGAGACCGACAUGGUCGAUAGCAGUCAGGUGCCUUGCCCCAUCUCUCCCGAGCAGUGUGCGGUAGAAGAUGAAUUAAAUUUUUCCAAAGUCACUCGAUCAAUUAGUUCUGAACAGGGUGAGGAGUCCCCAGACUCUUCCCCAGAGGAACAGAGAUCUGUGAUCGAAAUCCCCACUGCUCUAAUGGAGAGUGUGCCUUCUUGUGAAAGCAAAUCCAAAAUCCCUGUAAGAACAGCUGCUGCYGCAUCGCAAUCCUCGCAACAAUCAGAGAACGAGAGCCUUUCCCCGGAUGACUCCCUAGACAGUUCACAGUGUGAAGGAAAAGAUGACCAAGCAAAACCAAAGUCUAAAAUUCCCGUGAAAACMGCUUUCCAAAAAGCCGAACCUCAACACUCGUACGCGGACACGUCCGUCCGCAAGCCGGAGUCGCCCAAAGCGCUCGACGUGACGAGCGCGGUCCCUGCGAAACCAGAAAGCCGGAGUAAAUCAGAGUCUGACGCCAGCAGUCCUGUGGACCCAAAGAGCAAACGUUCCAUCAAAGCUAGGAGUUAUGCUGAGGCAGAGGCAGAGGCCAGGGAGAGGGAGAGCGAGAYCAAGUUUGAGCUAGACUCAGAUGAGGCAACAACAGCAAGAUCGAAGGUAUUUUCUUCACGGUUGCCAGUUAAAAGCAGAAGCACUACAGGCUCCCGCGGUGCUUUUAGUCCCACAAAAGAAAGUAAGGACCAUUUUUUUGAUCUUUACAAAAACUCCAUAGAGUUUUUUGAAGAAAUUAGUGACGAAGCUUCUAAAUUAGUGGAAAGACUCACGCAGUCAGAGAGAGAACAAGAAUUAGUUUCAGAUGAUGAAAGCAGUAGYGCCCUAGAAGUUUCAGUUAUUGAAAAUGUGCCAUCCAGUGAGACUCAGCAGUCAGUUCCUGAAGACAUCUUUGACAUCAGACCCAUUUGGGAUGAGUCUGUAGAGACUCAGAUUGAACGUAUCCCUGACGAAAAUGUCCAUGACCGUGCUGAAGAUCAACAGGAUGAUCAGGAAAGGACAGAAGAAAGACUGGCCCACAUCGCAGAUCAUCUUGGAUUCAGCUGGACAGAGCUAGCAAGAGAACUGGACUUCACAGAGGAGCAAAUUCACCAGAUCCGAAUUGAAAAUCCCAAUUCCCUUCARGACCAGAGCCAUGCACUCCUCAAAUACUGGCUUGAAAGGGAUGGGAAACACGCCACAGAUACAAAUCUGACCCAGUGUCUCACAAAAAUCAACCGGAUGGAUAUCGUUCACCUGAUGGAGACCAGCGGCAUCGACUCCACGCAGGGCCACGGCAACCGCACCUACACGGACACGGAGCAGUCCAUAGCACUGGACCAUAGUGAAGGRUUUUCUGCACUGCAAGAAGAAGUGUACAGCUCGAGACACAAGCAAGAAUCCCAGAGAGUAUCUAAGGACAGCGAGCAAACCGAGCACCCYCCUCUGGUCUCCGAGGAAGACGUGUCUGUCAGUUAUUCCCCGUUCCAGGACAGUACUCCCAGGAGCGAGGGAGAAGUGUCCAUGGCUGAGCUUCUGAGGCAAGCACACAAGGAACAAGUAGAAGCUGAAUUCUCAGGGAAACCCCAAGAUGUGCCAGGGAAACCAUCUGCUUCACAACAGGAAUAUUUUGCCACGACUGCAGGAACGUCCGUGGUAGCUGGAAAAGCAGCGAGCGGAAAAUCUGCGCACUCAGCCACGGCAAAGGGAGAGACACAGAAAGUGCCCCCUCAGCCUCCAUCCUCUGCACCAAGAGGGGACUCCCCCAUCAUCCAGGAGCCCGAGGACCCCCAGCUCCACCAGGAACACCUCUCUCCAAGGAGAUCUAGUCUCGUCAUAGAGGAGUCAACUGAGGAGCAGACAGAGAAGUCUGGAAGGGGCUACGAAGAGCAAUCUUUAGAAAAGGAAUUAGCAGAGGAAUUAGGUGGGCUGGAGCUCACCUCGGAUGAGGACGAGAUGGUCACCACCAGGGUYGUUCGGCGCCGGGUGAUCAUUCAGGCUGAUAGUAUGCCUGAAAUGCCAGCAGAAACAGUCACAGAAGAGCAGUACACAGAUGAACAUGGCCACACAGUGGUAAAGAAGGUGACUCGCAAGAUCAUCCGGCGAUACGUUGCUGCAGAUGGCACGGAAAAAGAGGAAGUAGUAAUGCAGGGAACACCGCAAGCCCCCGUCACGGUGSAGGAGGGAGAUGCUUAUUCCAAAGUGGUGAAGAGGGUUGUGCUGAAGAGUGGCAGUGAGCACUCAGAGGUGAGCCUGUCUGAACCUGCCGUUCUGUCUAGUGCCUCCAAAUUCCAGUCCGAACCAGUGGAGGGCCGGAAAGUCAGCAAAGUCAUAAAAACCACUGUAGUGCACGGAGAGAGGACAGAGAAACACCUGGGGGAUGCCAGCCUGGCUUCUGAUCUUCCGUCAGCCAAAGAGGACUUCGAAGAGGCUUUGAGCUACGCAGGUGACCACAUGACAGUCCAAGUGCCUGCUUUAGUAGAGAAAGAAAUCAAGAGAGAAGAUGGAUCAGUAAUUAAAAGGACAAUACUAAGUAAAGCCAGCACAAAGAAGAGGACCGUGAUGAAGGACCGCUAUGGAAAACAUGUUCACCUAGAAGAGCUGGAAGGCACCCCAGAAGMGCUCCCCAGGGAUGACCUCCAACAGGACCUGCAGCAGCUCCUUAGGCACUUCUGCCAAGAUGACUGGACACAGGAGGCCAAGUGAGAAGCAGCCACCRUGCAACCCCUCCUGUACGCAGCCGUCACCAUCCCUGGGUAGCAGACUCAUCACCGCUGCCACUCACUGCCGCUUCUACCCGUGCAGCCACAGUGAAUUCAUUUCUCCCCCAUCCCAAAUUUCAUUUUGUGAUGUUAUUAUUUUUUACCCUGUAAGAUAAUUUGUGACCAAAGAUAGCAUCCUUCAGGCAGGAUGAUUUAUCCGCCASGCUGGCGCCCUGUCAGCGUUGCCACUUGUCCCCUUCGCUCUGGCGCUCGCUUCCUGACAUGGCCCUUGCCAAGCAGACUUCAUCUACAGGCCUCUUCCACUGACUGUGUACGUGCACCAUGAAAUGGAGUUCACGUGUAAACUGUAAAUAGCAGAGGAUUUGAACUCACGAGACAGCAGAACACUCACUGCCCAUCGGUAUCGUGGGUUACGAGGUGUAGUGGCCCUGCGGAACGGCGACGGAUCACGGAACGGCACCGCCCAGACUGCAAAUGCUGACUGACCCGGGAGGAAGCACAGCAGAGUGACUGAGUACUGAGACUGUUURUAGAUCUGGUCUAGGCAAAGGCAGCUGUUCAUGUGAAUCACAGCUGACUGUGGCCAUGAAUAGUGCAGACACCUUCAGACAGCCACUGAAUCAUUUCCAAAACAAAAGGAAAGAAAAAUAACCCCACUAGGUACCCAACUUGCUAAGCAGCUCUAUCUACGGCACGGUUGCAUAUGGCAUUAAAGCCUAUAGCUCGGGACCUGUGGCAGGGUGUAUUAAACAAUUGUUACUCCAGUAGUUUCCCGUUUCCAUCACCGCUUAGCCAACCUCAAUGACCGACUGGGGGUGCUUCCUGUUGGCCACUGCACUGUAGAUAACUAUGGGACAAAGACUUACCCACUAUACAAGGAGAAUAAUUAAUUCACCGUGUUUUAUCGAGAUUGCCUAUUAGCCGAUACACGCAUGCGGCAUUUGAAGGUCAAAAGCAAACCCUCCUAGAACCAUGUCAGCUUCUUGGCCCUCUUAGCACUGAGCGAGCAGUUUUUAUCUUCUGAUCAAGUGUUUUUUAAAGAACAAGUGCUCACAAUCCUUGGCAGCCGGUUUCUGUUCAUAUUUUGUUAUGUAACUAUAUAUAAUAUAUAUAUAUUUCUAAACYGACCCUCUGAAAACCACGAUGGCAUGUCUGCACUUUUAUUUUCCGAAAGGGGAACGUAGGGAUUUGAUGCUUUGGGUGUUCUAUACCUUAAUAUUUAAUGGAGGGAGCUCUGUAGGGUUUUAGCAUGACACRCAUACACACGAACACACCAACUUAAUGUUUUUAAACAGCUACUUCAUUUUUUUAAUAGUAGACUCAACACCAGAAUAAAAUUGACCCUCUCCUUUAGGAGCAAUCCUUUGUCCAAGCUUAUCUGGCCUUCUACAAUUAUAGGGUUCUUUGGCUUUUUUUUAACGACUCACUCAGUGCUCAGAACAAGGGCACUUCCUCAUUAAGGUAACGAUGCCAAAAGCAUGGAAUCACCUCUGGAAUUCUGGCUUCCUGUGGGCAGAACCACCUGAGGUGCCGUGCUGACACUUUUUGGGCAGGCAAGAAAGGAAACUAAAAGAAAAAAAGUGUUUUGGCAGCCAAACCGAAUGAGACCCGUGACAAAACAUCUCACAGCAAAUCGUGGCUUCCUGACUGUCUGAGACAGCACAGGAGGGUCUUCAAGGAUGGGGCUCUCAAGAAGUGCAUUUCUGUUGUGUUAUUUGCGGUGCAGAUGAUGUUCUGUGUAACAGCAUAAUGGUUAUUCACCUCUUAUUUUGAUUUUUUGCUGUGUUAUCAGAGAACUUGAAUACUGUGAGAAGAAGUGAAUUUUAAGUUGAUGAAUCAGCAUCUUGUUCCCAUGGUGAUAACACUAAUUGAAUAUAUCUAUGAGGGCAUGUAUUAGUUAAAAAUUUAAAAGAUACAACACUAACAAUACAUAGCUGCAAUGUGUACAAUGGCUGAUUUAACUAAAUAAAAAUGUACAAGUGUUAAA